CACCUACACCGUCGCCCACUCUGCGCAGACAGCGUAGCCUGCCUCCAAGCCUUCCUUCCUUUGCCAGUUCGUCUUCGUUUGUUCACCGUACACUCCACCCGCGUAUAUCAAACAAACAUCAUGACAUCACUCGGACAAAAAUCAAAACAGCUUUAGAACUAAAAAUGAAAGAGGAGAGGCUGAGAGAAGCUUGUGGACGUGGAGAUCACGAGACUGUUAUUAAUUUACUUUUUACUAGUCCACACCUUGAUAUCAAUAAUUCGGACGAGAAAGGAAGGACACCUCUACAUUUUGCAUGUGCUGGAGGGCAUUAUAAAUGUGUUCAAAUUUUAAUUGAACGAGGUGCAAACGUCAAUGCUGAGGCGGACGUCGCGGGAAACAGGCCUUUGCAUCUAGAGUGCGUCGUAGCAUUGUUGGAAGCAGGGGCUAAGAUAUAUACUGAAGAUGAAUUUCAUCGCGCGCCAUUGUCAGUUGCACGAUCGAGGCUUAACAUUUUGAUAAAGAAUUCGUCAAAAUUGUCAGUUGAUUCAGAAAGUGUAGAUUUCGAAAAAAUGGUUGAAGAUAACGAGCAUACACCUGAAAAUCGAGAAAUUGUUGGACAAGUUUUACAAAUAAUCAAAAUUUUACGACAUUACCUAACCCUCGAAGACCGAGGUCAUAAUGAUAUUCAAGAUUCCGCAAGUAUCCGUGAUUUUUCUAUAUCCAACGCCGAUUCUUCAAUUAGCAAUGUCGAGACUUUGGAUGACUUGACUUCGCAAUUGUCACAGUUGGCAAUUUCCCCAUUGAGCGGUGAAAACGAUGGUACACAAUACUCGUUACCAGAAUCGGCAGUUUUGAGUAAGGUUCAGAACGUUUUGGAGAACUUAAUAAAACAUAAAGCCUAA